UUAUCCGUUUUUUACCUCCAGUGAAAGUAUUUGAAAAUGAGCAAAAAACAAACACCUAGUGACUUUUUAAAGCAAAUCAUAGGCCGUCCUGUAGUGGUAAAACUUAAUAAUGGCGUCGACUAUCGAGGUAAGCAACAGCUUUCUGCUUGUGAGUGAAAAGCAUGUGUAUGAACGUUUGUUCGAAACUCGAACGUUUUGCAUGAAAUGGUCCUUUUACAGAUCCAGAAAGUAAGGGAAAUGGAAUUUGUGUUGUGGAAUCUUGUACCAGCCUGUACCUCUUUUUUACUCUACCCAGUAAAAUGAUGUAAAGUCUAUCCUCCAAGUUUAAUUAUGCUGUCCCUAACAAACCUGGCACUGAUACACAUGAUUCUUGGGUUAGAAUGGGCUAUUACAUUUAAUAUCCGUAUCCCCCCCCCGUCCGGUUGAGGACCUACCUUUUCUUCUUACCCCUGAAGACUAAAUAAAAUUGCAUUUAAUUCCCGAAAACUUCCAAAGAAUAGUGGUCCUUACUCCUAUCCCUGAAGAAUUUCAUGAAAAUGAAAUCUCUACCGCCAAAGAAUUCCAUAUUUUCUUACUUUACCCCUAAAGAAAUCCUCAGUUUUUACAACUUACCCCUGAAGAAUUCCAUGGUUCCUCAACCAGGGGGGACGGGUAUUAAAUGCAAUAGCCUGAUAGACGUGGGGUUUUACUGAUGCUGCAAUCCCGGCCCCCAGUCCUCUCAAAGCAGCAUAGUAUACACUGUACCUACCAACUCUUUCUAGAUCUGAGUCUCACAGUUGGAGAUAGAAUCUCAUGCUAGCUCAACUUGUGGACAAUGGUAGUGAGUUUGAAACAAAGGAAAAUAUAAUAUUUUUUGAACCAAGGAUAAAAUUUAACCACAACAUAUACAUAAACUGCUGUUUAAAGAAGGCCAAACAUUGAAUUCGGAGUCUAUUUUUUCUGCAUUUGUUUUACUUUCAACUAACUUUUAGGUAUCAUGAACCCUUCCAUGGCGAAAAGCUGCAACAAGUAUUUCUCUUUAGGAACUUAUGCCUCAGCAGAUUGAGUUGUCCAAGGGGUAACUGAUCAGCAAAUUGGUUGCCCCCUUGAUAUUUUUGGUUGCCCCAGACAACCAGACAACCAUUAAUUUCAAACCCUAGCACAAGGUUUGGACAAUUCAUCAACACUUAUCUUCAGCUUAAAAGUGUGAAGCAUCAGUCACUAGACACGUGGCAGCCUUUGUUUGAAGUUGUUUAAGAGUGUGUGCUGCAUUAAAAUUUGCCUUGUAUCAGUGGUGUAUUGUCACCAUGAUUCUUGAAUGAUGGUCAUGAUGAUAAUAAUGAUGAUGUUGAUGAUGAUAUUCAUCAGGCAUCCGUUUUACUUGUCCUUUUAGGGGUGUUAGCCUGCCUUGAUGGUUACAUGAACAUCGCUCUUGAACAAACAGAAGAGUAUGCAAAUGGCCAGGUGAAAAAGCCCUCUUUUCUGUUCUGGUCGGAAAUUUUUGGUUAAUGUUUUGUGCGGAUCAGUUAGAUUAGUGACAAAAUUGGUCAGUAAUAAAUUUUACUAUUGUUGAUAUUGAUUUUUCAAGAAUUUUUGGAGCCAAUUGCAAUAAAUAGACAGGAUGUGACGCUUUUUAUUUUGCAUUGUUUAUGAUAUUAAAAAUAAAAACUAUAAACUUGUGGUAUUUAAAAUUUUAUCAUCAUUUAAAGAGACCACAGAAAAUCUAAGAAAACUUCUAUUUUUCUAAAAAAGAAAAAAAGGAAAGGCAUUUAAGCUUAGGAAGGUACUUUUUUGGCCAAACUUUGUAUGUAUCAGAUAAAAAGGAACAAACUCAUCUUGAAAAAAAAAACUUCACCUCCAUUAGUGAAAUAAAUUUCAUCUGUGAAUUUAUUUUUAGCUGAAGAACAAGUAUGGAGAUGCUUUCUUAAGAGGAAACAAUGGUAUGUUGUACUUUCAGUGUCAACCUUUUGUUACAGGACUGGAAAAAUAUAGAACCAUAGCACAACAAAUAGAGUUGUGCGUAGAUGCACAUAAUUGCAGGGGUGUCACUAAGAUAGUAGGCUGAUUUAGCAACAAAACGGGAACGUCAUUUGAUGACGGUGCACACAAAUGAAACAACUGGUUUGACCAAUGGCCGAGUGGCAAAUUGGGCACUGGAAGUCAAGUUUAGUAUGUUCCUGCUCUGUUGCUAAAUCAGCCUAGUAUGGAUACUUGAAGACAAAGAAAAUAUCAUUCAAUAUCAUUAUCACUGGAGCAAGAGUGUUUGUGUUUUUGUAUGAUUUUCAACACAAGUCAGGAUAAUUAUCUUAUAUGCAAAGUUGAGUAAGAAUUCUUUCUGGCUUAGGACAAUGCUCCUUGCACUGCCAUGAUAUUUUUCUCCUUUCUGUUACAGUGUUAUAUAUCAGCACACAAAAAACAGGCCGGAGAUAGAAGGAAAAUUGAAGAGAACACGUCAUCCACUUUAAAGAACUGCAAUCUGUUACAUAGCCUUUUGUAAAUAUCUCUUCUUUUGUAGUUUCCUUUUGAACAGUAUCAGUAAGCUGCUGUAUUGUAUGCUUUACAAAUAAAUUCCUAAAAAGCC